AUGCGGCGCCAGGGGUCUGAUGAGGACAUCCACUUUAUUCUCGACCUGCUAGAGUCAAGGCCGCGGCCAUGGAAUGUCUCGGAUAUCGCGCGCACGCUCGCGCGCCUGCGCCCCGCUCACACAUUCUACAGCUACCAGUUCUUUCUCCAGCAGAACCUGCGCGAGCGGCUGAAUUUGGUGCGCCGACUGGAAGAGCGCAAGGCACAGCGUGGCACUGGCGAUGCGCCGACGGCGCUGCCCCUGCAUUCCCGCUCUGCGCCGCCUGCUCGCUCCGUCACGCCAUCGUCCCUGUCGUCGCUCGACGAGCUGUACGAGGAGGCCCAAGCCUUGGACGAUCAUGCGGAGGCAGCGGAUGCGGUAGAGGAACGGGACGUUGCGCGUGCACCCCCUGCGGACGAAAGCGAAGAAGAGGAGAUGGAUGAGGAGGCGGUCCUCGCGUUCGAGGCCUUGCACCACUCGCGCACCGGCCCGAGCCCUGCGAAGGAGGCGACUGGCGCAGGCGCCAGCAGUGCAGUGGGGGUGCAGGACGAUCAGAUGGACGAAGAGCCUCAGGAUACCGAGGCAGGGGCACAGCCCUUGGGCGACGCCCACGGUCCUGCGCCGGCGCCGGCGCCGGCGCCGGCGCCCACGGCCCCUGCUGUCGAGGCGUCUAUGCUCGAGGCGCCCGUGUCCGCGCAUGCUGAUGAAGAUGCACUCUUUGAAGAGCCGGGCGAGCCGGGUGCGCCGGUCGCACGCACGGCGCCGCCGCGCCGCGCGCCGCGCGUGCCUGUGUCGCAGGUCCACGAGGAGCAGCUGGUCGACGCGCUCGUGCAUGAGCUGGACGCAUCCGGCAUGGAUGCAGCCUCGGUUGAUACAGAGGCCCAGCUGGCGGCGCCCAUUCCCGCGGACGUGCUGGAGCGCGUCGCGGACGCAUGUGCGCCGCCGCGGCCCACGCUGGCAGCAUGGCAGACGUACGCGGAGCUUCACGCGCGCACGCUGUGGCAGACGGCGCUGGACCGCUGGUCGCUGCGUGCGACGCCCGAAGCGCCGGCGUCGCCAGCCUUGUCGGAGCUGGAGGCGCCAGCGUCGCCUGACGGCAGCGAGCGCAUGGUGGAUGCUGCGCUCGCCGGCGACGUGCACACGCCUGAGAGCCAGGCCAUCCCGCCACGCUACACGCCGCACAGUGUGCGCGUCGGCCAGCGGAGUGGGCACCAUGAUGCGAAAGUGUCGGCGCGCGCGCACCUGGAGCGGAUCCCGCCUGAGGCGCCAUCGCCGACGAUCGAGCGGCAUGCGGCGGCGGUGCCGACGCCGCCGCGGCGCGUCAUGCUGGCGGAGGAGCGAAUGGCCCGUGCUCUGUACGAGGCACGCGUGUGGGAGCUGUGUGCGGACUAUGGACUGGCCUCGCCGCGGCAGCUCGUGCCGUUCCUGCUUCCCGUGGGCGGCGACGUGGACCGGUGCCGCCGGCGCAUCGAGCGGCACAUGCGGCAGCUGGCGCAGCGGUAUGAGAUGGACGUGGCUACCGUGAUCGAGCUGCUGGAGGCGCAGCAUGGCGACCUCAAGCAGCUGACCACGGUGCUGGAUAUACAGCGGCGCGGGCGCACGCGGCGCCAGAGUCGCGCACUGUCGGCGUCUACGUAG